GAUCAGUUGAUUUUUGAGCUGUGCGCCGAGAGGUGGUGUCGGUUGUAUGGGCGUGAGAAAGGGGGGCCCUGCGCACUAUCUGCAUCUCUCUUCCGGAGAGAAAGUGAAUUUGUCACACCCGCGAAUCAGAUGAUUUUCGGUGCUCAAGCCGGCAAAAUCUUGGCCACUUUCUUGUGCUGUGAUUUCAGAGAUUUUCUCUUCAUUGUGUCUGUUGGCAAAUAAAAGGAAUUAAAAACCUUCCUAAGUGAACAUGAAAGUUUUCACCUCUCUCAAUGACACAGUGGCACGCUAAAAAAUAUAAAAUUAAAAAAAAAGACCACUGAAAAGUGAGUUUGUAGAGGUACAAAGCCCAAGUUAUUCUUUAAAAAUAGUGCAUUAAGAGACUCAGGGGUUAACAACCUUUGACGCAUAUGCACUUCAGAGCUAGUCUCCAACAUUUCUAUAUUCUCUCGCACCAUCUCACUCUCAUGGAACCAUCUACGGCUACAGCACUUUUCACUGAGAAAAAUUAUCUGACCGAAAUCGUGAAAACCCUCAGGAAUUUAUUGAAUUUAGCUGUGUGUUAUCUAAAUAAAUAAGAUUUCCCUCAGUGAAUGCAGCACAAGCUGAUAACAAUUGAUAUUAUUUACUCAAGUGCCAAGACACGCUUCAGAGACUGUUCAGUUACUCAAUAUUGUGCUCAAUGUUAGCUACAUCUCGCUGAAUUCUGGCUAGAGCUCAAAUAAUUGCUAUAGGAUUUAUCCUUAAACUUAUCAAGGUGAUUCAUAGGGAAAGGAAAAGUGAAGUGAAACUUAAUGUUUUGGCGCGAAAAGUUGCCAAUUGCUGGGAAUUCGCUCUCAAAGAGCGUGCAGACGAAAGGAGAAAAUCAAUCUAACGAGAAAUUCUCCUGACCUGCCCCAACUUUGGAGUGGUUCAAGUUGAAUUUGUGGAGUUCAUUUACCUGUUGAUUUUUGGUAUACCGUGAAAUAUGGGCAGAAUGGAGUGGUUUCGCAGAAUCUUCAAUAGAUCAUCAGCACCUGCCUCUCCAACUCCUGCCCACGAUGAAAGCCUUGAGACCGAGGAGGAGUACAGACAGAGAUGGUAUUCCGUGAGAGUCAUCUACUUUACCAUGUUCCUUAUGUCACUGGGCUUUAGCAUCAUUCUCACAGGCAUCUGGCCCUAUCUCAACAUGCUCGAUCCCCAAGCCGGUAAAGAUUUCAUGGGAUACAUCGUGGGCGCCAAUCCUUUUGGUCAAAUGCUUUUUAGUCCUCUAUUUGGCUACUGGAGCAACAAGUUGUCUUCUAUUCGAAUCCCUCUUCUGAUUUCACUGUCCAUCUUCACCACUGCUAGUGCUGUAUACUCUUCCAUUGAGAUUCUGCCCUCUCAUCACAAAUACUGGAUGCUCAUCUCGCGCUUCUUCGUUGGUGUCAGUUCCUCAAAUAUUGCAGUAUGCAGAUCUUAUCUGUCUGCAGCCACAAGACUCAAGGAACGAACUGGAGCAGUUGCCAUGGUAUCCCUAGCUCAAGUUCUUGGCUUUGUAGUGGGUCCUGCCCUACAAGCAGCCGUCACUCAAUUGGGAGAAAAAGGUCUGGUUAUUCCAGGUUUUCUACAUCUCAAUAUGUAUACAGCAGCUGGAUGGAUCAAUGUCCUUCUAGGAAUUUUGAACUUUUGUAUGUUCUUGCCAAUGUUCUUCAAGGAGAGAAGAAUCGCAGCCAAAGAAGCCAUGAUUCUUCAAGGAAAGGAUGAUGAACGGGCAACAUGGAAGUCUAUCAAGCCAGACUAUUUUUCAGCCUGGACUCUUAUUGUGGCUUUCUUCAUCCUGGUUUUCAAUUUUGUUUUACUAGAAACUCUGGGCACUUCACUUACAAUGGAUCAAUUUGCUUGGACCAAGAUGGAAGCCCUGUCCUAUAUGGGUAUCCUGAUGUCCGUUGGAGCUGUUAUUGCCUGUAUUACCUUUGUGGCAAUCAAUCCGCUGUGUAAGCGGUUUGACGAAAGAAAAGUCCUUCUAUGGGGAGGAUUCUUUUUCAUGGUCCUUGGCAGGGCCCUCUACAUUCCAUGGGGGAGCGAACCACCCAUUAUCGCUGAAGUUGGUAAUAGCACUGUUGUUGACACAGAAGAAAUUGUAGGAUGUCCUUCAACUCAAGAAUGGUGUCGAACAACUCCCGCCAUGACGAUAACGCAAUUUCUGUUGGGAUAUAUAACAACAUCAAUUGGGUAUCCUAUUGGAGUAACGCUCAUCCAGACAAUAUUCUCUAAGGUUUUAGGGCCUAGACCUCAGGGCACUUGGAUGGGCCUGAUGACUGGUUCAGGUUGUCUUUCGAGGGUUUUGGGACCUGUCUUCGUAGGGUAUAUAUACACGCGACUAGGGACUUACUGGACCUUUGGAGUGACCACAGUAAUGAUGGCCGUGGCUAUGGUAUGGUUGUGCAUGUUCUGUGAUCGUCUUGUACCACCAGAACUAGACCAUCUACCAACACCAGCUGCCGUUGAACUCCAGGAGAUGUCAAUGGUCAAACAUGCUUCUAGGGAAUCCCUGGACAGAACACCAGAUCCUGAAUUAGUAGCCCUCAAUAAACCAGUAAAAGUCGAAGAUCGAUAAGACCACAAUAUUUUAUCUUGUUUUACAAAUCACAAAUUAAUAAAAAUGUAACCUAAUUUUAUACAAAAAAAA